AUGAACCGCUACAAGAUGCGUUUUUCUGCAAUGUACCCCGCACCAAUCGAAUCAGGUCCUUUCGAUGUGAGUCGCAUUCGAAGCUCUACCAUGAUGGAACUCGUGUCAUACUUGGAUCUUGUAACGCAACUCAACCUGAAGCGAGUAAAUCGCUAUUUUCGCAAGCUCGUAAAGAUCUCUCAUAGUCAAGUUUCUCUGGCUGCAAAUGCUGGGUGGGUGGAUGCUAUCCAUCUAAGUACGUUUUUAAAGGAGAUCACGCUCGUCGGGGAGCCCAAAGAGCCGGAAUUAAAGGAAUUCACAACCCUGCUUCGCAACGAUGGUUUUUUGCAGUUGAAUCAUCUGUGUCUGCAUUACAUUGGAGAAUUCGCGCUCCUAGAAAUCAUGGACGCUCUCAGUGCGCGCAUUGAGCGGGACAUCGCAAUGAACAUUGUGAGCGAUUCGUUUAACGCGAAACUCCUGAUCCAAGAAAACGAAUUCUCUCCCUACUUUGCCCUCCGCUUUUCCAAGUUUUUCAACUCGACACUUUACCGAGUGAUCACUUCGAUCAGUCUCAUCGUCCGCCAAUCUGAUGGUCUUGAAGAGAUUCUGAAGACGAUCCGAUUAGUGGACUGCCCCAAACUCCUUCAAUUCGAUCUGACAAACGAUCCCAUCACGCCGAAAGGCUAUCAAUUCCUCCUCAACUCGCUCUGGCCGAUGGACGAGGAGCACAGUGCUCGCCCCAUCGCGUAUCUCCAUCUCCGAAAUACGCAGCUCACCGACCGAACGCUGAUCGGCAUCGCCAACGCCGCAGAGCGUGGCCUGCUCAGCAAUCUCAGCGAGAUCGAUCUCUCCGAAAACCGACUCACGUUCGAUGCCAUCCACGCGUUCACCAAGCCUCUCUCCGAGUUCCUCUGCCCCAAUAUCCGCGCCAUUUCGCUCUCUCAUAACAAGGAGGCGGGCUGCGGAUCGCUCGCUGCGUGGCUGCACAACCUUGCCGAAGGAGUGUGUCCACUGCUCUCCGUGCUGGAGCUCAACGAAUGCGGACUGUCUCUCAUCGAGCUGGACGCGUUGGGUCAUUUCAUCGGGAGCAGCUUCGCGGACUUGCUCACCAUCCUGGACAUCGGAAACAACCCGGAGAUCACCGAGGGACUCCCGCAGUUCCUUCAGCAGCUCCACCGAUCGACCAAUCGCUGCCUGACGGUGCUCAAUCUCGAGGGAUUGCUCCUCACUCGCGAGGUUCUCGGCGAGUUUUAUCUUUGGAUCCAGGAGAAAUGCCCCACGCGGCUGCAGAAGCUCAUCCUCCGCGGGAAUCUGAUCGAUGGAGCGGGUCUCUGCCUGCUGUUCCGCGCGCUGCAUCUCUCUUCCAUCACGCUGCUGAGCCUCCUCGACGUGAGCAGCAAUCUGAUGUCCUCCUUCGGCAGGGAGUGGAGCGAGCUCUUCUCACUGUCCACACGAAGCCCCUGUCUGUCCAUCGAGGAGUUCGAUAUCUCGCACAAUCCUGUGUCGAACGAGGACAUCGGAAUUCUGAUCAGUUUCUUCCAGAGUUACGUCGAUAUGACGCGCUUCACGUGCGUUAGCUUGGAGGACAUGCAACUCUCCACAGAGGGCGUGGACCACUUUUUUAUCUCGUUCGCUUCGCAGGCUUCGUCGCAACUGUGCAGACUUAGCAUUAUGUCCACACCGAUCACAGGGGUCGGAGAUUCGAUGUACCGGUGGCUCACAUCACCGGCUGCGUGCUCGAUCCGCAGACUCAGCUUCGUGAAUUGCAGCCUAAGCUUUGAGGAUUUACACCUCAUGACCAAAGCCAUGCUGGUUUCGCAGUUUUGCCAAAGCUUGCAGUGUAUCCGUUUGAGUGGGAAUCACUGCGUGGAUGAUGAUUUCGUGGGGGUGUUUUUAGAAAUGUACGGACAGAGUGGUGUGCUACCGAUUUUGUAUGAACUCGAUAUGUCGUACACGGGCAUCACGAAAGUGGGAACGAAUCUUUUUUUGGAGUUCUUCAGAGAGCAAGAAGAUUACUCUCUCCGCUUACUAAACCUGUCUUAUUUGCAGAUUCCUGACAGCCGCAUUGGAGCGAUCCAUGAUGAGUUUCGUCGCGUUUUCAAAGGAAGCUGUAUAAUGUGCUAA